AUGGUCAACAUGAACCAAAAUGCUAACGAAGUCAUACAUAAGGUUCGAUAUGAUGGUAUGGCAGGAGAUAAAAAAUUGGCCUUCAUGAUCGAAAGGAUUAUGGCACGAAAUGGGGUGAAUGUUGGCCUUCAUAGGCCAAAUUAUAGUUCCAUAUUGUCUGAUUAUAUCUUGCAAACUGAAUUUCCUAGGGGAUUGAAAGUCCCAAAAUUUACAAAAUUUUCAGGGGAUACUAGUGAAUCGACUGUCGAACAUGUGGCGAGAUAUCUAAUCGAAGCAGGACACCUUGCAAACAACAAAAACUUAAGGAUAAAAUACUUUCCUAGUUCACUCACUAAAAACACCUUCAUAUGGUUCACUACACUUCCAGCGAGUUCAAUUCAUGAUUGGACUCGUCUAGAAAGAUUGUUCCAUGAACAGUUUUACAUGGGGCAGUCCAAGAUUAGCCUAAAAGAAUUGGCUAGUAUUAAGUGUAAAUUUUCUGAGCCAAUUGACGACUAUCUUAAUAGGUUCCAUUUUCUAAAGGCAAGGUGUUUCGCACAGGUAGAACGUUUGAAGGCUGAAAGUGCCAGAGCAACUAAGAAUAAUAGGAGAGAAAUGUUAGCAUAUAUCGACAUAGAUGAAUAUGAUCAGGAAACGGAUAAUGACCCUUUAGGUUUCAAUGAAAGUGAAAUCGACUUGGCCAAACUAAAACAAGGUUCACCCUAUUCUUGCAAGGUUCUUGCACCUUCAAAUGGGAAAAAUCCCAUCGAGAUGGAAAAGAAUGAUAAAUUCCCUAAGAAGACAUAUACCUUUGAAGUCACCAAGUGUGACGAAAUUUUUGACUUGCGAGUCAAAGAUGGCCAAAUGAUAAUGCCUCCUGGUGCUAAAAUACCUCCGCUAGAACAACAAAAGAAAUGA